AUGUUUUUUCUUGUCACGACCUUGCUAUUAGUGUCAGCAGAACGCCACGAGCACCCAGAAAAAUCUCCGAACGAUUUAUCGCACGCCUUGUCGAGUGUGGAGGAGCUUCCUAACUCCACGGUACUGUUGAGCUCCCUAAGAAGCAUUGACCGGGAUCAACUUCGUCGCGCUCCGCACAUUAUGCGUCGCCCAACUGCGUCACCCGCGCAAAAUCGUCGUAACGCGUACACCAUCAAACUUCGAGAGAGAAUUGUUGAAAUUUCUGGCAGCGAGCUGACGGCAUGGCCGCUCCCACCGACGAUGAAGGUGCACACCCCAUGCCUUAAAUUCGGGCUCUCCUGCCCGUCAGAAUAUGUGAAUUUUUUAGAAGAUAUCCUACGGCAGGCGCUGCGUGAAAACCCUAUGGGAAAGGAAAGCAUUCCAGAAGGCUGUGAUGUAGUCUCUCUCAAUGUUAAACUCUGGGUUUUAACAGGAAACUGCGUUCCGGUGGAUCCUGGCGUCCAGGAGAGCGAAGAAUCGUAUUGGGAUUACCCACCUUCAAACGAAGCUGACCACCCAGAGGGCUCCGAUCCAGCGAGGAACACACCGAACAGGGGUGGUACGAGGUCAUCGCCUUCAGUAAUAACAACACGAAUGACCACAACCCCUCCCAUCUCGUCUUUCCCGGACUGUGUGGGGUGCGGGAUGGAGCAGCUUACCCAUCUUGAGAAUUUACAGCAAUAUGUGCGGGUGUUGGAGGAUAAGCUCGCGCGGAUUCGUCAUGAAAGGUGGUGUGGAGCGGCUACGCAAGCGUCGUCUGGGCGAGAUGGCGAUUGGAUUGGAGUUGCGGCGGGGUAUCUAGCGUGGGGUUGGCAAAUCCUGCAGGUGAAGACCGGGAUCGCGCCCUACACGCGCUGCGCGCGACAAACCCUUGAGCGUUGGUUCAUCGAAGCCUUUCUUCGCAUCGACGCGCCGCUGGUUUGGGGGUUUUAUUGGGUUUCCGUGCGUUUACUGCCGUGCGCGGGGGUGGUGGCGUUCGGGGUGUGGGUGUGGUCGGACGUGCCGUGGCCUGACAGCGUCCUAGGCUACGUGCUGAACCUCACGAAAACGCGGCCGGAUAAGGACGCGCCGGAAACCACGGAAACGCGUACGGGGAAACCUCAAGCCAAGCCAUCUGUUUUGGGGUUGAAAUCAUCACCCCCUCCACGUGAAAUGGGUUCUCCGCCCCUAUCCGAUUCGCAUCAGCUCGUGGAUAAUGGGGUGGUGGAUCCAACAUGGGAGAUCGGUGCAUCAGGGACCUCAACAGAGGGGGAUGAGAGGGGCUCGACCUCGAGCCCUUUGCAACUUCCCAAUAACGUUCGCAAGGGGUCCGAGCGAGAAGAUGUAUCCAAGACUCCCCUUAUCGGCGCACUUCAAACCAAUCACGCGCACAUGUUUAGUGCUCUUAAUCAGGUGCAACCCCCGCAGAGCGAACGGGCGGCUGACGCCAAAACACGUCGGCAUCAUCGUCGAGUUGCGGUUUCGUUUACGUUGCUGGAUGAUUUCUUUAACAUCGAUUCAUCCUACUUCCUGCUGCUGAGGUUGCGGGUUGCGCUAUGUUUGCUCACGUUGCUGUCGCUCCUAUGGUGUGGUUAUGAGUGUUACCGAAACGCCCAUCGAAUUUUUUCGUAUAACCGCACGCGAGAUUGGGGAGGCUUCGAUAGUGGGGAGCAUAAUUCUUACGGCAGUACCGUGAAUCAAUUUCAUGUGCGGAUCUCAUCCGCUAUCUCCGCCUGCACGCGUUUAGGUGGGAGAUUUCUUCAACGAUUGCUGCCACAAUGGCUGUCAGUCUCCAUUGGGUUAUAUGUGUUGUAUUCGUUUCUCGGUUCCGUUGUGUUAGUGGCGCUCCGAGAGACUUGUAGCGCGUUUCAAGAGUUGUUGGAGGAGCAAAGUGAGUCUGCUAUCCGGCAGGUACCCAUUCUACGGCUUGAUUCUGUGGAAGAAAUGGAAUAA